AUGCCGCACGAGAGCCCCACGUCCAGCGAGGAGAUGGCCCAGAGCUUCUCCGACUGCUCGGCGGGGUCCGAGUCGGAGAGCUCCAGGGAGGAGCUCCUGCCCGUCCUGCGGCCCAGCAGCGGGCGCCUGGAGCCGAGCGCGGACGCGGACUCGCUGCUGGUCUGCCUGGUCAUCCCCGACCUGCAGCAGUCCAAGUCCAUGCGCUUCAAGGCCGACGCCACCGUGUGGGUGGCCAAGCAGGAGAUCCUCUGCACCCUCACCCAGAGCCUGCGGGACGUGCUCAACUACGGCCUCUUCCGGCCGGCCGUGGACGGACGCGAGAGCGGCUUCCUGGACGAAGAGCGUCUCCUGCGGGACCACGCCCUCCCCACCAACAAGGGGAUCCCCACGCUGGAGUUUCGCUACAAGAGCAGAGUCUACCAGCAGCCAAAUGUGGAUGAGAAGCAGAUAACAAAAUUGCACACUCAGGCAAACCUGCGCAAGUUCACCGACUACAUCCAACAGCAUCACCUGGACAAAGUCUCCAAGUUCCUGGAGAAGGGCCUGGACCCCAACUACCACGACGCGGAAUCGGGCGAGACGCCCCUGACCCUUGCUGCCCACCUGGACAACAUGGUCGAGAUCAUCACGGCUCUCAAACACGGAGGCGCUCACCUGGACUUCCGCGCCAGAGACGGCAUGACCGCCCUCCACAAGGCUGUCCAGUCCAAGAACCAGAUCACGCUGAAGGCUCUGCUGGAGCUGGGGGCGUCUCCGGACUACAAGGACAGCCAGAGCCUGACGCCCCUCUACCACACCGUGCUGGUGGGGGGGGACCCCAGCUGCUGUGAGCUGCUGCUACGCGCACGCGCCUCCGUCUCCUGCCACGACGAGAACGGAUGGCACGAAGUCCACCAGGCUUGCCGCUACGGCCACGUUCAGCACUUGGAGCACUUGCUGUUCUACGGUGCAGACAUGAGUGUGCAGAACGCCUCGGGGAACACGGCCCUGCACAUCUGUGCUCUCUACAAACAGGAAAACUGUGCCAGAGUUUUGUUGGUGCGUGGAGCCAACAAGGAAGUCAAGAACCAGCGGGGACAAACCUCCUUUCAGGUGGCUAUUAUUGCUGGAAACUUUGAACUGGCAGAAUACAUCAAAAACCACAAAGAGGCUGAUAUUGUGCCUUUCCGAGAGGCCCCGUCCCCGUCGGCGUGCGCUACUACGAGCAGGCGUGCGGCGGUGCGGAGCACGUUGUCGGCCCCGCGCGUGCUGCUGCGCUCCAACAGCGACAACAACCUGCACGUGCAGCUGAGCCAGCAGCAGCAGCAGCACCCGCGCCACCCGCGCUCCCGCUCGCCCUCGCCCUCGCUGGCCUCCCCGCUGCGCAGCCUGUCGCCCCGCCGCCUGGCGCAGCAGAUGCAGAGCAGCCCCAAUGGCACGGUGAAGACCAUGGGCAGGGGGGCCCAUGCCGCGCGCUCACGCUCGCCCUCGCUGGGGCGCCUGGCCGCCGGGGACGCGCGCCGCCCGCAGCAGAACCCCCCGCGCAAGACCAGCCCGCGGCCCAGCAGGGAUGGCCUGUCCAGCGCAGAGACCCCCGGCUCCAAGCGCAAGAUGUACAGCGCCGUCCCGGGCAGACACUACGUCGUGGUGAAGUCGUACCAGCCGCAGUCUGAGGGCGAGAUCACUCUGUACAAGAACGACCGAGUUAAAGUGCUGAGCGUUGGAGAAGGGGGCUACUGGGAAGGCAGUGCGCGUGGGAAUGUGGGGUGGUUCCCUGCAGAGUGCGUGGAGGAGAUCCCCAACAAGGCCACCGAGGACCGACCCUAUUCCAGAGCUGACCGGUCAGAGAGAAGAAAGCUAUUUCGACAUUACACAGUGGGAUCCUAUGACAGCUUUGAUGCAUCAAGCGACUGCGUUAUUGACGAAAAGACGGUAGUGCUGCAGAAGAAGGAUAAUGAGGGAUUCGGGUUUGUGCUACGAGGGGCGAAAGCUGAUACCCCCAUCGAGGAGUUCACGCCGACCCCAGCCUUCCCUGCCCUGCAGUACCUGGAGUCUGUGGACGAGGGCGGGGUGGCCUGGCAGGCCGGACUGCGCACCGGAGACUUCCUCAUUGAGGUGAACCAGGAGAACGUGGUCAAGGUGGGCCACAAGCAGGUGGUCAACAUGAUUCGGCACGGCACCAACCACCUGAUCAUCAAAGUGGUGACGGUCAGCAGGAAUCUGGACCCAGAUGACACGGCCAGGAAAAAAGUGCCCCCACCUCCCAGGAGGGCUCCCUCCACGGCACUCUCCAUGCGGUCUAAGUCCAUGACCUCUGAACUGGAAGACAUGGAUAAGGUGGAUGAAAUAAUACCCACUCAGAAGCCCCCGUGGGAUAAUUCAACCAUGGACACAAGGGUCGCUGCGGUCAAGCCAAGGCCAACCAGCAGAUGCUUUGCUGUGGCCCCUGAGAUGAAUUCUUUGUGCAAUAGCCAGGAUGUGGCAGUUGACUCCCCUCCAGUGCCUGGAAGUCCCAGAGCAGGCUACCUGGACGUGCCCAGAGCUACUAUGAGGCGACAGACAUCCAUAGGUGUGACCGAGGAGGAGAAGCAGUUCCUGACGCCUCCAGUGCUGAAGUUUACCAGAAGCCUUUCUAUGCCGGACACGUCGGAGGACAUCCCGCCUCCGCCAGCCAUCUCCCCGCCGUCCCCUCCGUACAACGGCGGCAACAACCCCCCCACCCCCAACCGGGUCUACGGCACCAUCCGGGCCGGCUUCGGCAAGGGCCCGGCCUCCAACAGCACGGCCCCCGAGAGAGGAGACGUGUGGCGGGAGCAGGGCCCCUUCUACAGGGACAGUCCAGAGCACUUCCAGACGGGGGACUUCAACCACUCGGGCCCCACGGCGCAGCAGAGCCUGGUCAUGAGGCGAGCCCUGGUGCCCGAGAACCCCUACUCGGACAUGGGCAAGCACCACGCCAGCCUGUUCGCGCCGAACAAGCCCAUGCGGCGGAAGGGCAUGCUGGUGAAGCAGCCCAACGUGGAGGACAGCCCGGAGAAGACCACCAUCUCCAUCCCCACCAUCAUCAUCAAGGAGCCGUCCACCAGCAGCAGCGGCAAGAGCAGCCAGGGCAGCAGCAUGGAGAUCGAGACGGGCUCGCAGGAGCACCCGGGCCAGCUGCGGCCCGACGACCUGGGCCCCAGCAACCCCUUCGCCACGGCCAUGGUGCACCGGCGCGAGAAGCGGCUGGAGAUCCACCGCAACGCGCCGUCCUUCCGCUCCACGGACCUGGCGGACGACAACGACUCGCCCUCGCCGAGCCCCGCGCCGCGCCUGCGCCACUCCAAGUCCAUCGACGAGGGCAUGUUCAGCAGCGACGAGCGCCUGCGCCGCCUCAUGGCCCCGCCCGCCUCGCUCCUCAGCAUCCCUCAGCGCGGCGGGGGCUCGGGCGGCGGGGGCUCGGGCGGCGGCGGCGGCGGCGGCGGCAACGUGACGGACUUCAACAGCCCCGAGCCCACGGUGGUGCGCGAGGUGCUCAACACGCGCACCGGACACCACAGCCCCAUCAGCCUGCCCGCCAACAAGACCUACAACGUGGGCGGAGGCAACUACGUGCACCCGGUGACCGGCAAGCCGCUGGACCCCAACUCCCCGCUGGCCCUGGCGCUAGCCGCGCGCGACCGUGCCAUGCGCGAGCAGUCCCAGCCGCUGCCGCUCAAGAGCGAGCUGGCCAAGGCCGACCUCAACAAGCCGCUGUUCAUCGACACCAAGCUGCGCUCCAACGUGGCCGUCAGCUUCUCGGCCACGGCCACCAUGGGCCGGCCCGGCCGCUCGGCCCUCCGCCGGCAGAUGACCGAGGCCAAGUACGAGACGGAGUCCAAGUACAGCAUGCAGGACGGCCUGCACCUGAGCAGCAAGGAGGAGAAGCGUCCGGAGGAGAAGAAGAACAUGCUCGUCGACAUCGUGGACACGUCGCAGCACAAGUCCGCCGGCCUGCUGAUGGUGCACACCAGCGACGGCACCAAGAAGGACGGCGGCAGCCUGUCGGACGGCGAGCGCGAGGAGGGCAGCUCGGACAGCGUCCCCGGCGAACUGCGCGACCCCAACCAGCCGGCCCUCCCCGCCAACCCCGGCAUGGGCAAGUCGCUCUCCGCCAACGCGGCCCACGGCAAGACCAUCAUCACCAUCAGCUCCGUGGACGAGCCGGUCAAGCUGCCCUUCGGCAUCCCGCCCCCUCCCCUGGCGUCGGUGGACAUCGACGAGGAGUUCCCGUUCACCGACCCGCUCCCCCCGCCGCUGGAGUUCGCCAACAGCUUCGACAUCCCCGAGGACCAGAGGGGCCUGGCCCAGCUGCUCAAGCAGAAGGCCAACGGCACGCGCGGCUCCUCGCUCACGCCCUUCUACUCGCAGCUCUCGGCCGAGGUCAAGCGGCCCGCCGUGCUCACCAACUGCACGCCGCCCAGCUUCCCGCCCAUGGACGCCUACGAGCCCAUCACCGACUCGGGCAUCGAGGUGGACAGCCGCAGCAGCGGCGACCCCCAGCUGGAGACCACCAGCACGGUCUCCACCGUGUCCAGCAUCUCCACGCUGUCGUCGGAGGGCGGCGAGCCCCUGGACACGUGCACGGUCUAUGCAGACGGACAGGCUUUCUUGGUGGACCGGCCCCCGGCGGCCAUGUCCAAGCCCAAGCUCAAGCCCAUCCUCAAUAAGAAUGCACUUUACAAAGAGGAGGAGAGCAUGAGUUCCUUCAGGGUGCCCAGCUCCAUCCCCCCUCCGCCCUCCAACCCCGCGCCCCCGGAGCCCCCCAAGACGCCCACGCAGCGCAGCUCGAAGCUCUGGGGCGACCCCGGCGACCUGAAGAGCCCGCACGCCGCUGACCUCAACGCCGGCCUGCAGCACGCCAGCAAGGACAAAGCGCCAAAGCCGGGGGAGCCGCUGGACUCUCCUACGGGGGCCAGGACUCACUUUGAGAGCAGGAAUCCAGACGGUCUGUCCCUUGUCUCAGGUACUCAGCAGAACACCACGGUCACUUUCUCCCCCCAGCCUGGGCCCAACGUGCCUCCGAACGCCACUGCCACCCCGCCCUCCAGCCUGCCCCCGUCCCACCACCACCACCACCACGGCGGGCACCACGGCCUGCCGCACCACCUGCACCACGGCUCCAGCCCCAUCAUGUCCCCGCCGGACUCGGGCCUGGGCUGCACCACCUCCUCCUCCUCGUCGCUGCCGCCGUCGGCCUCGUCGCCCACCAUGACGGACGUGUUCGGGCUGCCCACGCCGCCGCUCAGCCUGGGCACGGGCCGCAGCCGCUCGCCCUCGCCGCUCACGCUCAUCCAGGCGCCCUCCAACAAGCCCUUCGCCACCAAGCCCGUCGUCAUGUGGACCAAGCACGACGUGGCCGACUGGCUGGAGAGCCUGAACCUGGGCGAGCACCGCGACGCCUUCAUGGAGAACGACAUCGAGGGCAGCCACCUGCCCAACCUGCAGAAGGACGACCUGAUAGACCUGGGGGUGACGCGCGUGGGCCACCGCAUGAACAUCGAGCGAGCGUUGAAAGUGCUCUUAGACAGAUGAGAAUAGGCUCGGCUCUUUGCAACGACAUCAGAACUACCAUAAGGCUACCGUUUUCUUUUUUUUCUCUUUUGUUCAAGUUCUCUUGCUUUUGAUGUUUGGCUUCCUUCUCCCUUUUUUUUUUGUUUGUUUUCUUUUGGGUGAUGUUUUUGGACCAUAGGACUACACAUAUCCUGAAGAAACUGUGUGUUGACUUCGGAAACAGCAGAGCAGUUCCCACACAAGCACAAAAGUCCUCUCUGAAAGUGAGCUAUCAGUGGAGUGAGCCCUGAUGGAGGGCCCAGGGCAUCCCACACACUCCAUGGGAUAUACAGAGACAAGGCUCACACAUUCUUGCAACGUCAAUGUCUUCUGGGAACCAAAUCAUUUGAAGACAACAAAAAGCCAGCUGAGCUGGAGAUACAGUUUCUAUCUUUGCUAGAAAUAUUUCUUCAGGACAAAAUGGAAUAUUGAUGUAUGUUGUCUGUCAGUUCCCUAUGAAAUAUCUUGCUUUUUUUCCUUCUUCACCUUUUCUCUGGAAAGUAGAUGAGACUAAAAUACGAUGUGUUUGGUGGAAAUGGUCUCCCUCAGUUCACCUGCAGAUUGUCCUGGGUUGGGCAUUCUCACCUGGAAAAGAGGUCACCUGUACUGUACUUGCACCUGUGUUGUUCACCGUAGCAAACUGCAGCACGCUCGUCCGCUGUAUGUUCUAUCCACAGUGUUACAGUGUAUUUCAGUUGGCUGAAGAUGAUUUUUAAUCACAAAAAAAACAUGUUUACUGUUUCAUUUGGUCUUCCACAUAGUGAAGGUCUUUAGAAGGGUUUAGUGUAUCUGAGAUUAUUUGACCCUAUUUUCUGACUUUAAUAUCUGGUAGUUGUGUUUAUCGUUUAUCCAUUGUGUUCUAUUCUCAGCACACUACUGUGGUGGUAUGCUAGUGCAUUGUGCUUGGAGUUCCCCACAACAGACACAGACCAGGACAUGAAAAAACAAUAUCUGAAAAGUGAGGUCAAGAAUCCCAGUUUGCUCUGAAAUAGGUGUACACAAAUCACAAGUGAGUUGGUCUCUUAAAGGAUUGGAUCCUUUGAAUUAGAGUGAACAGUUAACAUAGUUAGCCAUUCAUUUCUGAGCUGGAAAGGAAUAGGGAAAACAACAAUCUCUGCACUCAGGGUUUCAUGGAGAAUCUAUUUCUUGUUUUGUAAGCACCGUCUUGCAAGGCAGACAAGGCUCUGACUUUCUGAAUGUUUUGCCUUUGUUGUAACUUUGAGAGAUAUUGCCCAAUGUAUGUUAUUUUGUACAAUACCUGGGCAGAAGAAUUCUUCCUCAGAAAGCACAGCAAGAAGACCAUUGAAUUCUGUUUGAGACACACAUAUACCAAGCUAUUGAAACUUUUUUAAAAGAUAGGGCCUCUUCAUAGCUGAGUACACUCACUUCUGUUUAUUCACACCUUUCACAUCUAAGUGUCAUAAUCUCUAGCAAAGUACACCGUUAUAUUUAGACAUUUUCUUAAUUUGUCUGUUUAAGCAAAAGCAUGUGUCCUCACUGUGUAGGGACAAAAUAUCUUGUCACUGAAUUUUAUUUUACAGUACUGUGCAAAACUUUUAGGCAUUUGUCUUGAAACGUUUACUUUUUUUCUUCUACAUUAGUGUGUCUAUAUAUUUAGAUUUUCAAACUUUUAUGUAUGCACUUUGUAAUUUGUUGGCUGACAAGUAAAAAAACAUUCAUGUUAUUUUGAAAGCGCCAUCUUCACUGUACUUGUUUUAAAUGUGGGUAAAACUUUUGCACAGUACUGAAUUAUUCUUGAAAUUUAGAUUGAUGGUUUUUGUUGACAGUCUCAAUUAAAAGCUGGUUUGUGAAAGAGAAAACACACCCAUUAACCAUUAAUACAUUAUCUUUCUUAAUUUUAGUUAAUCCAAGUUGUGACAACAGGAUGUUUACUGUACCAGUUUCUAAUUGUCAAAGACAUCACAUUUGUAUUGAAUCAUCUAAAAUGUCAGUGACAGGUGAUGUAUAUUUUAGCAUUCUUAGACCUGCUGGUGGCUGGGUGGUGAAACAGUAUGUAAACAGUGAAUCGGAUACAGUUACUUUGUGUGGGAAUGAUAUCGAGUUGGCAAGUUUUGUGGAUUUAUUGAGACCCUCUUGCAUCUAGCUUUGUAUGAGUCGUGUGUGGUUUGAACUGAGGGAGAAUGUCAGGUGUUGAUUUAAUUGAUGGUUGAUGUUAAUUAUUUAAUCAUGGCCCCCAAAGCUGUAGGGAGAAGCAGAAUACUGUUGCUAAUACCUAUUAUAGAGGAGCUAGAGUUAUAUCAUCUCAGUAUAUCUUAUUUUAAGAGACAUAGGAAAAUGCACAGUAUUUUAAUUAUAGAGAUAUUUAUUAAAUAUUUAUUAUGUUUUAAUGACAUUAACUCUCAUCUGUGGUGUGCCAAAAACUCUAUGUGGUAUCGGCUAAGAAGCAAUACAAACUGUUCAGAAAUCUGUUGUUCCUCUCUGAUAUACAAGCUUUCCACCAUCAUAACUCCAUUCAGUCUAAAUAGACUCUUGAAAAUCAUAUUCUGUAGAGCUCGGUGAUCUAGAAUAAUACUUGAUAUUUGAGUUAUCGCUGUCACCUGCUUCUUUUAGAUACUGCAAUUAAAUACAGAAAAAUAAAAUGGCAUAGUUUUGUAUUUUGUGUGUAAAUGACGAGACACAGAUAGACUUGGAGUCUUGCACAGUAGUUCCAGGCCACCUUGACACUGUAUUAUAAGAAGAGUUUUCACAUGAAUGCGACAGAUGUGUGUGAUAAUGAAAAUAAAAGUAAAUAGCAGUGUUGAUGUUUCCAGAUUCUGAUUAAAGAUGUUUUAUAGUUCCUUGAGCAAAGUUCGAACCAACAUUUUUGAAGAUGUAUAUUUCAAGAUCAGUGAGGAUGUGAGAAUGCAGAACUAUGAAUGGGUAGGAUUUCUUUGCCCCUGGUUACCAAGAAAAUCCUGUUUGAUUCCAUUUUUGGUUUAUUCCUCAUUUCUACUUCAUCGAAAGGUCUCUCUCACACUCUCCCGUGGGGAAUGCAUUCACCUGAUCUAUGUUGCUGUAACGUUGUGCUACAUUUAUUUGAGGGUAAAUAAUUAAGAUCAAAGAGAGACAUUUCUGUGACUGCACUUUUCUU